GGCGCCGAUCCCAAUACCGCCAUGCUGGCCGGACGUUACCUCGGCGACGACGGCAAGCCACGGACGGACGUCCCCGCCGACCUCAACUUCGGCGGUGAGUUCAAGCGACUGCCGGUGCGGAUGGUCCUGGAGAUGGACACCAAGUGGCUCGGCACGCUUAUGUGGGAGCUGGCGAACGCCCCCUUGCAGGUGCAGGUCGAGCAGGUCCGCUUCAACCCCGAGGGUGAAGCUGGCCAAGCGGCGCGCGGAUUCGCAGGCGGUGGCGAAGUCGCCGCUUUCGAUCGGCGUCCGACCAAGGGGACCGUCAUCCUGCACGGCAUCGUGUACAUUUUUAACCAGCCCGAUCCGUCGAUCCUGCCGUCCGAAGGGGCGGACGUGACCGACGCGAUGGCGGCGGUUGAGCGGCCCCCACCAACCCACACGGAAUGCGGCAUGGCCGGGAACAACAAAGGCGGCGGCAUCAAGCAGCUCGCCAUUCAGCACGUCGAAAAAGUGGUCGCUGUCGUCCUCGUCGGCGCCGCGGGCUACUUGGCGUAUUCGUCGCUGAGCGUGCAGGGGCUCUCCAAGGCGCCCAACGACUUGAUGACGCAAGCCGGCACCGCCAAGACGUCGUGGGAGACGGCGCCGAUAUCGGAAGUCCCGGAAGGCGAGUUCAGGCCCGCUUACCCGAUUGCGUCGCCCAACCUACUCAAGAACCUCCCGGAGAAACCGUACAAAGAGCCAAGCGGCCUCAACCGUUCGGUCGUGCCACCGGUGGUGGACCGGACCGACCCGAAGCUGCUCCCCGCCACGGACUUGGAAGGGGGCGCGGUGACAGCGAUCUUUGCGUUCGAGAGCAAAGAAGAGGCCGAGAAGCGAAUCCGUGAGGAGCGCGCCAGAGAACAGCGUGAGAAGCUGGAGCAAGAGGCGGCGCGCGAACGCAAUGAGGGUGAACUCCUCGGCGGUGGCGGACGCGGCGGUCGAGGCGGCGGUUUCAACGAUGCCGGCGAGCCGACCGUGGACGAGAAAGGUCGCAAGAUUCGCCCGAUCCCCGGCGGAGCCGUGCAGGAGGGAGUCGUUACCGGGGGCUACGAGCGUUUCCAGGCGUCGUCGGUCGCCUAUGUGCUCGCCAAAGCGCCGGUCCUCGAUCAGGCCAAGAUCUACGAAGAGGCCCUCCGCGAUUCCAAGGGCUACAACCCGGCACUCGACGUCCCGCAGUACGCCGGCGUCAUCGUCGAGCGUGCCGAAGUCACCGGCGAUGAGGAUGCCGAACUGAAGUGGGAGCAGGUCCAGUUCGGCGACGUGUCGGGCUCGAAGCCGCGCCGACCCUACUUGUCGGAGCGUUAUCUGCUAGAGACGACCGCCGACUGGCUUCCCUGGCAGGAGCAGAUCGUUGACGGACGCUAUGUGCAUCCGAUCCUGACAAUGCCGCUGCCGCCGCUGGUGCAACAGAAUUGGAGUCCGGAUGUCGUCCACAGCGACGCGCCGCUCCAAGCCGAGACCGACGCCAAGGCGGCGACCGCCAGCGCAACCGAUCCCGGCGUCAACGAGCCGCUUCCCGAGAUACGGGAAGGCGAUUCGGGCUUCGGCCGGGUGGGCGGGACGGCCGGUCCCGGCGGCGAGUUCGGUGGCCGUGGUGGUCGCCAGCCGACGCCGCGCGGCUUUGGCGGGCGUGGUGAGUUCGGAGGUGGGGGCGAGUUCGGCGGGCGCGGCGGUCGCGGCGAGUUUGGCGGAGGAGCUUACGCGGGCCGCGGCGGCGGUCGUGGACCCGGCGCCAUGGGCGACUUCACGAUCGACCCGGACGUCCCCUUCGCGAUGGUGCGAAUCUUCGAUUUCGGCGUGCAGCCGGGUCGUCAGUACCGCUACCGGGUGAAGCUCGUGCUGAGCGACGUCAACGACAUUAGCCCCAGCACCGGCCGGCCCGACAUCGCUGGCGCCCUCUCGUCGGAAGUAACCGCGCGGGUCCAAGGGAGUAGGAACCCCUACCUGCAGACCGAGUGGAGCGAGCCGAGCUCGAUCAUCUCGGUGCCGAUGGCGGGUGACGCACUGGUUGAAGGGGCGAAGCUCCCCAGCGGCAAGUCGCUGCCUUCCGAGGGAACCGUCGAUCUGCUGGUUCAGUCGUACGCGCUCGACGACGACCGCCGCGCCAUCAAGAACCUUGUGGAGAUGAAGUCGUUCAAGUUCCGCACGGGGCUCACCUUGUGCGACUUCCAGGGCGGCGAAGAGCUUCCUGGAAAGAAGACCGCGCCGGUGAAGGCGUUGUUCAUGGAUGCGGCGGGGCGACUCUUCGUCCACGACCAACUCGACGACCGCACGGCCGUGCAGAACUACAAGAACCUGUUCGAUGAGAACGCCCUCUUCGUGGGGGCGCCGUUGCGUAGCGGCUCCUACGGCUCAGGCGUUAUGGCGAGGAAGAGCUUGCUCUACCGCCCGUUGAGUCCGCUUCUUUCUGAGCGUCAGUACGGGGCUCAAGCGUCGUGGAGGCGUCGUGAGGACCAGCGGGCGUUCGCGCCCGAGGGAGGCGGCCGCAGGAGAGUUGAGUUGAACGCGACACGGAAGUUUGCCGCCCUGGCGGCCGCCCUGGCGGCCCUGGCUAGCGGCCCGGCACUCGCCCAACAACCUGCCACGAGCGCUACGCAGCCACGAGCGCUGCCGAAGCCGACCGAUGCGUCGGCGGUGGGUCAGCGCUACACGCUCACCCCGGCCACGCCCACCGCCGGCGAGGCGACCGACAAGAAGGCCGUCUGUAAGCGGCUGUUGGUCGACGCCCGCGCGGCGAUGACCGCCGGCGACACGGACAGGGCGCAGCAGCUGGUGGCGCGAGCCAGCCAGCUCGAAGUGCCCGCUUCGGCGUUCGCCAAGGGCGAGGACACGCCGGCGAAGCUGGCCCUCGAGCUCCGUCAGCCGGCGCGUCACUACGACCCCGCCGUGAUGACAACCGGCGCGGCCUGGGAACAGACGGGCGCCGAUUACGCCCGGCAAGCGAUGCACGUCCCCGAGACGGACGGCACCGAAAUCCAGCCCGCGGCCGCGAUGGUCGGCGGCGACAACGUCCCGCGUCUGGCGCAGUUGCCGCUGACGGGCGAGUCCGUCCAGGCCGAGCCGGCCGCGGCGGCGCGUCUGCUUGCCGAGGGCGAGCAGAAGCUCCGUGAGGGCGACCUCGACAGCGCCUUCGAAAAGUUUCAAGCCGCCAGCGAUGGCCGCAGCGGCCUCGACGCCGGCGCCCAGCGUCGCCUCGACGACCACCUGCGGAUGUUCGGUGGAGUUGCGUCUGGUGAGCCGGCGCCGCUCAGUGUGCCGGCGGUGGACGCGUCGAUGAUCGAUCAGACGGACCAGGACCAGCAGGUGCUGGCCCGCAAGCUCGCCUCGACGGUGGGACAGGCCCAGGUCGAGUCGCGCGAGAUCCGCGAAUCCGACCCGCGGCGUUCGUUGGAGAUUCUCGAGACCGCGCGACAAGAGGUUGAGGCCUCGGGCAUCAACCAAGAGUACCGGGAUCAACUGGUACGCCGCGUCGAUCGGUCGAUCGACGACGCCAACAAGUAUAUCGAAGCGAACAAGGCGCAGAUCGAACUCGACGAGACGAACGCCGCCGUUCUCGAUGAAAUCGACAGCGAGAAUCUCGCUGAGCAGCGCAAACGCGAGAAGAUGCAGCAGCUGAUCGAGGAGUACAACGACCUGCGAGACGAAUACCGUCUCGAAGAGGCCGAGGUUGUCGCCAAGCGGCUCAAGGAGUUGGCCCCAGACGACCCGGUCGCGCUACAGGUUUGGGAGAACGCCAAGUUCUUCCGGCGAACCGCGAUCAAUAACGGCAUUCGCGAUGAUAAGGACAUUGGUAUCUGGGAUGCUUUGGUAGGCGUCGAUCGCGCUUCGGUCCCCAACCUGCGUGAUGGCCAAGAUAUCGCGUAUGACCCCGAAACCUGGGACGAUAUUCGGGAUCGCCCACGGAUGGGUGAGAAACGUAACCAGCCCUCGCCUCGUGAGCAGGACAUCCGUCGGAGGCUGAAGUCGCCGGUGCAGCUCCGCUACACCGACCGGCCGUUGGCGGAGGUGAUGGACGCGCUGGCGAAGAUGACCGGCGUCGAUAUCUAUCUCGACCCGCGCGGCAUGAACCAGGAGGGCGUCUCGAGCGACACGCCCGUCACGAUCAACAUCAACAGCGAGAUCUCGCUGGAGAGCGCGCUAAACCUGAUCCUCGAUCCCCUGCACAUGGGCUUCACGGUGAAGGACGAGGUGCUCAAGGUCACCAGCAUCUCGCUCCGCGACGGCGAGCUGCAGCGUGAGGUGUACUACGUCGCGGACCUGGUGAUUCCGAUCCCCAACUUCCUGCCAAGCAACAACAUCGGCCUGCAAGGGCUGAUCAACGACGCUCUGGCGGUGACCAGCGCCGGCGCCGGCGGCCUCGGUGGCCCCGGGCCGAUCUCGCUGGCGGGACCGACCAGCGCCCCCGGCGGCGCCCAGAACCCGAACGUCCUGGCGCAGAACUUUGCUCCCUCGGGCCAGAUCGGCGCGGCGCCGGGACAGUUGACCACGGGUCCCGGCGGCCUCGGUGGCGCGGCGUCGGCGGACUUUGAUUCGCUGAUCGAGCUGAUCACCGCGACGAUCGCCUCGGACACCUGGGCCGAGAACGGCGGCGGCGAGGCGGAGAUCCGCCCGUUCCCGACGAACCUCAGCCUCGUUGUAAGCCAGACGCAGUCGGUCCACGAAGAGAUCGCCGACCUGCUCGAGCAGUUGCGUCGUCUGCAAGACCUGCAGGUGACGAUCGAGGUCCGCUUUAUCCGUCUCAGCGACGACUUCUUCGAGCGGAUCGGCAUCGACUUCGACAUGAACAUCAACGACAAAAUCCUCGGCACCGACGAGCUCACGCAGACGUCGAACCCGGUCGCCGCGGCGUCGUUCGGUGAGAGCGUCCGCAACGGCAUUCAACGCACCCGUACGGGAGCCACAGUCGGCGUGCAGGCGCCACUGGUAGGCGACUUAGCGCAGGUGACCGCGGACCUCGACAUACCGUUCCGGCAAGGGAGUUUCAACGUCGCGCAGCCACAGUUCGGCGGGUUCAACCCCUCCACGGCGGCGACGUUCGGCUUCGCGAUCCUCAGCGACAUCGAGGCGUACUUCUUGAUCAACGCCGCUCAGGGCGACACGCGCACCAACGUGCUCAACGCCCCGAAGGUGACGUUGUUCAACGGCCAGCAGGCCUUCGUGUCGGACACGUCGCAGUCGCCGUUCGUGAUCAGCGUGAUCCCGGUGGUCGGUGAGUUCGCCGCCGCCCAGCAGCCGGUGAUCGUGGUGCUCAACGAAGGGACACUGAUGUCGAUCCAAGCGGUCGUCUCCGAAGACCGGCGUUACGUCCGGUUGACCGUCGUGCCGUUCUUUAGCGAGAUCGGUGAUGUCGACGUGUUCACAUUCGACGGCUCGACGACGACGAACGCGUCGGCGUCUAGCAACACGACGGACGGCGACGACGACGGCACCAACGAGUCGGCCAACCUGUCGGAGAACCGGCAGAUCACGACGGCCGGCACCACGGUGCAGCUGCCGACGUUCCAGUUCGUGUCGGUGACGACCACCGUUAGCGUGCCCGACGGCGGCACGGUGCUGUUGGGCGGAAUUAAACGGCUGAGCGAAGGGCGCCGUGAGUUCGGCGUGCCGUUGCUGUCGAAGGUUCCCUACAUCAACCGCCUGUUCCGCAACGUCGGCAUCGGCCGCGAGACGGACAGCCUGAUGAUGAUGGUCACGCCGCGGAUCAUCAUCCAGGAAGAGGAAGAGCAGAAGCUCGGCCUCGCGGGGAAUUAG